UAAACUUGGAACGAUCAAAUUUGACAACCAAAAAUCGUUAGGUGACGUAUGUCAUCGACCUAAAAAAAUCACAAAAUUAUUUUUUAUUUAUUUUGAUAUGAUCCAUUAUGUGUAACAUUUUAACUUAAGCUUCAUGAUUGCCGCUGAAAUGAUCGAAACAGGCAGCGCCGACAACGCGACAGCUGCACCGCCGACAAACACUGAUAUCUCACAAGAAGAUGACGACAUCGCCCGUCCAGAAGCGACGUUCAGAUACAUCGUACAGAACAUCAGCCAGCUGAAAGAGCAGGUGCUGUCCCCCCCGUGCUACGUCAGAUGUCUGCCGUGGAAGAUCCUCGUCUUAAUCCGCCAUACGACCACGCCUGAUCGUCAGCAGCAGAAGGCCCUGGGUAUAUUCCUGCAGUGUAACGGAGAGUGCAGCUCGCCAGGAUGGUCCUGUUACGGGUUGGGGGAACUCAAGCUCCUCUCACACAAGUCAGAUGGUGUUCAUUUGUGUAGGAAACUUCAUCAUAUGUAUCACUGCAAGGAGGACGACUGGGGUUUCGCGCACUUCAUCUCUUGGGAGGACUUGAUGAAUUCAGAGAAUGCUUUUGUGAAAGACGACUCCAUUACUAUCGAGGCUCACGUAUUGGCUGAGGCGCCACACGGCGUGUCGUGGGAUUCCAAGAAACAUACGGGAUUUGUCGGUCUCAAAAACCAGGGCGCCACGUGUUACAUGAACUCACUCCUUCAGACGCUCUUCUUCACAAACGUAUUACGUAAGGCUGUGUACAAGAUACCCACAGUGGGAGACGACAGCUCCAGAUCUGUAGCCUUUGCCCUCCAACGCGUGUUUUACGACCUCCAGUUCUCGGAAAAACCGGUGGCUACCAAAAAACUGACGAAGAGUUUCGGCUGGGAAACAUUGGACUCGUUCAUGCAACAUGAUGUACAGGAAUUCCUGAGAGUGUUGUUGGACAAAUUAGAAAACAAAAUGAAAGGAACAGUAGUGGAGGGGACCGUUCCGAAGCUGUUCGAAGGCAAAAUGACGUCUUUUAUCAAAUGUAAAAACGUUAACUGCAGCAGCACGAGGGUGGAGACGUUCUACGAUAUACAACUAAGUGUUAAAGGAAAGAAUAACAUAUACGAGUCGUUCAAAGACUAUAUAAGCACAGAGACGCUAGACGGCGAGAACAAGUACGACGCCGGCGAGCACGGCCUACAGGAGGCGGAGAAAGGCGUGAGGUUCGACGUGUUCCCCCCAGUGCUGCACCUGCACCUGCUGAGGUUCCAGUACGAUCCGCAGAGAGACGCCUCGGUCAAGUUUAAUGACAGGUUUGAAUUCUACGAAGAAAUCAAUCUGGACCCGUACCUGCAAGAGAUACCGUCGACCCCCUCCCACUACACGCUGCACGCGGUGCUGGUGCACUCGGGCGACAACCACGGCGGGCACUACGUCGUGUUCAUCAACCCCAAGGGGGACGGCAAGUGGUGCAAGUUCGAUGACGACGUGGUCAGCCGGUGCAGUAAGCAGGAGGCGAUCGAGUACAACUACGGAGGAAAGGAGGACGCGCCGCAUCUAGCGAGGAAAGCCACCAGCGCGUACAUGCUGAUUUAUAUACAAACAUCGCAACUGAAGUACGUGCUCCAGGACGUGACCGAGGCGGACAUACCGGCCGACCUGUGCGAGCGGAUCACCGACGAGAUGCGUUACGAGAUGGUAAGAACAUCCUUGAAUUAA